UCAAACAUAUAAAACAUACUUUCGCUUUGUCUCUCUCUACACGCUUUCUCUCUCCAGUCUUGGCACUCCAAGCUUUUGAAAUUAUGAGCGGUUGGGGUUUGGGGCUGCCCGUCAUGGACCUAUCCGACCCCACCACUGCCCGCCAAUCCGACUUCGCCUUCGCCUUCAACGACAGCAAUUUUUCCGAUCGCCUGCUCCGGAUCGAAAUAGUCGGAGAUCCACUCCAUGAAUCCGUCGGCUGCGGCGCCAUAGCUGAUUGGGCGGCGCGCCUCUGCGACCUCCGCACCCGAGAUAUUGUGGAAAACCAGCUCGCUUUGGAUGUGAACAGUGGCCAGGAAGAGCGUGAUGCAUUUGAUAGUCAGCAGCCUGAUGUUGAAGACGGGAUUGGCGAUGACAAUCAUGAUGAAGUGGCACUUAAAAUGAUCGAAGAUUCACCAUCAGGAGAUGAAGCUGCAAAUGAUGAUUCGGAAUUGUUGGAAGAUGAAUUAAAAGUUGUAAGAGUUAAAACUCUGCAUAUCAGUUCACCCAUCUUAGCUGCAAAGAGCCCGUUUUUCUACAAGUUAUUCUCAAAUGGUAUGAUGGAAUCUGAACAGAGAGACAUAACCCUUAGAAUUAGCACCACUGAGGAAGCUGCCUUCAUGGAGCUCCUGAAUUUCAUGUAUAGUAAUACAUUAAGCAUCAAUACAGCUCCUGCUUUACUUGAUGUGCUUAUGGCUGCUGAUAAGUUUGAGGUCAUCUCGUGCAUAAGAUACUGCAGCCAUCAACUAAGAAACCUGCCCAUGACUCCCGAAUCUGCAUUAGUUUUUCUAGACCUUCCUUCUAGCGUCCUUAUGGGUGAUGCAGUUCAACCAUUGACGGAUGCAGCGAAACAUUUCUUAGCUGCCCGGUAUAAAGACGUAUCGAAGCUUGACCUUUUUGAUAGGUAUCAAGAAGAGAUUAUGAAUUUACCUCUGGCUGGGAUUGAGGCAAUCUUGUGUAGUGAUGACCUUCAGGUGGCAUCAGAGGAUGCUGUUUAUGACUUGGCGCUGAAGUGGUCCCGGUUUCAUUAUCAAAAGCUGGAGGAGCGUCGCGACAUCCUUUGUUCUCAAUUGGGUGGCUAUAUUCGUUACCCCUACAUGACUGGCCGCAAAUUGAAGAAGCUUCUAACAUGCAAUGAUUUCGAUCGUGAUUUUGCAACUAAAGUGGUGAUUGAUGCCUUAUUUUUCAAGGCUGAGGCACCCCAUCGCCAACGGAAUCAUGCCUCAGAGGAAUCCACCUCCACUAGCCGACGCUUUGUGGAGCGUUCCUAUAAAUACAGGCCUGUGAAAGUAAUCGAGUUUGAACUGCCACGCCAGCAGUGCGUGGUCUACUUGGAUCUCAAGCAGGCAGAAUGUGCAAACCUGUUCCCAUCAGGACGAGUAUAUUCCCAAGCGUUCCACUUGGGCGGGCAAGGGUUCUUCCUAUCCGCACAUUGCAACAUGGAUCAGCAGAGCUCGUUCCACUGCUUUGGUUUGUUCCUUGGGAUGCAAGAGAAGGGUUCAGUUUCAUUUGGUGUCGACUACGAAUUUGCUGCUAGGUCGAAACCCACAGAAGAGUACCUGAGCAAGUACAAGGGUAACUACACAUUCACCGGUGGAAAGGCCGUGGGAUACCGGAAUCUUUUCAGCAUUCCCUGGACUAAUUUCAUCGCCGAGGACAGUUUGCAUUUCAUCAACGGCAUACUUCAUCUUAGGGCUGAGCUCACCAUCAAACACUGAGAUACGCGACGAUGCAGGGAAGCUCAAGGUGCCAUCCAAUCUUGUAGUAAUGUUGUGUUCUAACUUCCAUAGAUCGAUUGCUGGGGUUGUUAGCUUACUGAUGAUGGAUUAACUUUGUAUACAUGAGCCGUAGUUAUAUGAAUUGUAAAUAUGGCCGGAAAAUGCUAAUUCAGUUGUGUUGAAAUCUUGGAAAUUUAAAUUGAAUUUGUGAAAUUUGAAUUUAAUUAGGAGCUUCAAAUUCACCAGUUUCAACCUUUUUGCAAGAAGAAGAUCGAUAGUGAUUUCUUUUUUAUCCUA